AUGCACGUAUAGCUCAAUUUUGGUGCAUCUGCAGUUUCUUCUUAUCUCGACAGCAAGUCUUUACCCACAGCGAUUGUCCGUCAAGCCUCGAGACAUCAACCAUUCUACAUUUACAGCAUGCGGUAGACGAUUGCUGCACCUGGGUCAAUCAUGGAGACGUUGACUCGAUUCUCACGCCAUGGCCAUGGCCGACUCAGACUCACGAAGCUGAGGUGCAGCCCUCCUUCACGCUCCUUCCUCACGACUUCUCCUCUGGCAGUGCCUCGCUCUUUCCAUUCUUCACAACCAUCGCUCCUGCCUGCGCCUCCUGCUCUGUCGACACGGUCGCUCUUUCUCUCCUGUCGCCCAAUUUCCUCUCGUUUCUCUCCUCAAUUUGCCUCGCGAGCAUCAGUAAUCCACGUCCGGUCUAUCUCGACCAAGGAGCUCCCCAACCACCAUGGGCCUGUACUUCGCUUUGCCUACCGCGUCUUUGCUUGGACCGGCAUAUUCAUCGUCGUUACAGGAUCCCUUGUUCUCGCCUUCUUCAUCUACGAUGCCUCCACAUACAGAGAGUCCUCCGCUGAGGGCGACAUUCCCGUCUCAGAAGCCGCCCUAUAUCCUCGGCGGGGAGGCCCCAAGAAUCUACCCAUUGCUGAGGUACUAGUGGACGAUGAGGAUUGUGAGCAUAUGCGUGAGCAAAAAGAUAAACCCAAACUGGUCAUCCUGGGCACGGGAUGGGGUAGUGUCGCUAUGCUGAAGGAGCUCAACCCUGGCGAUUAUCAUGUCACCGUGGUCUCGCCUGAUAACUACUUUCUAUUCACACCCAUGUUGCCCUCGGCCACAGUCGGUACGCUAGAGCUUCGAUCUCUCAUCGAGCCCGUCCGCCGCAUCGUCAACCGCCUACGAGGUCAUUUCCUCAGGGCAGAAGCUAUAGACGUCGAGUUUUCCCACAAAUUGGUCGAGGUCGCCCAGACGGAUGCCAGCGGAGAAAGACAGCAUUUCUAUCUGCCUUAUGACAAACUCGUCAUCGGCGUAGGCUCCACCACGAACCCCCACGGUGUCAAGGGCUUGGAAAACUGCAAUUUCUUAAAAACUAUCGACGAUGCUCGUCUGAUCAAGAACAAGGUCUUGAGAAACUUAGAGUUGGCCUGCUUGCCUACCACAACCGAUACUGAGAGAAGGCGGUUACUCUCUUUUGUCAUCAGUGGAGGCGGACCCACUGGUGUCGAAUUUGCUGCCGAGCUGUAUGACAUGCUGAACGAAGAUCUCCUGAAAUCUUUCCCCAGGUUGUUACGGAAUGAGGUUUCUGUUCAUGUCAUCCAGUCUCGGGGGCACAUCCUCAACACCUAUGAUGAAGCUCUUUCCGUUUAUGCUGAGAAAAGAUUCGAAAAUGACCAAGUCGAGGUUCUCACCAACUCUCGAGUUCAAGAAGUCACCCCGGACAAGAUCAUCUUCUCACAGUUGGAGAACGGCAAAGCUGUUAUCAAGGAGAUUCCAAUGGGCUUCUGCCUCUGGUCGACCGGCGUCGCCCAGACUCAGCUCAGUCGCAAACUUGCGGCCAAGCUGGGCGACUUUCAAAACAAUCGUCACGCUCUAGAGACUGACACACAUCUGAGACUGCUUGGUGCCCCGUUAGGGGAUGUUUAUGCCAUUGGUGAUUGUUCGACGGUCCAGAACAACGUUGCUGACCACCUCACCACAUUCCUUCGUGGCAUGGCAUUUGACCAAGGAAAGGAUCCCGAUGCACUGCACAUCACUUUCCAGGACUGGCGAGGUGUUGCCCAGAAGGUUCGAAAGCGAUUUCCACAAGCCGCCGGUCACUUAAAACGCCUAGAUCGCCUUUUCGAAGAGUAUGACAAAGACAAGUCUGGAACCUUGGACUUUGGUGAAUUGCAUGAGUUGCUUGUUCAGAUCGAUAACAAAUUGACGUCUCUGCCAGCCACUGCCCAAAGAGCUAAUCAACAAGGUCAAUAUCUUGGUCGAAAAUUCAACAAGAUUGCCGCCGCCAUUCCCGGAUUCAGGGCCAAUGAAGUCGAUUUUGGUGAUCUAGACGAGGCAGUCUACAAGGCAUUUGAGUACCAUCACAUGGGAAGUCUUGCGUAUAUUGGAAAUGCGGCCGUUUUUGAUUUUGGGGGUUUGAACUUUAGCGGCGGCCUGAUGGCCGUCUAUCUCUGGAGAAGUAUCUACUUUGCCCAGAGCGUCAGUAUCAGAACUCGUAUCUUGCUCGCUAUGGACUGGAGUAAGAGAGCUAUGUUCGGAAGAGACUUGAUGAGCUUUUAGAAUUGAAUACAGGAAGACCAAGGUCUCAACAGGAUCUCGAUCUCCGCGAUGACAGAUUUCACAAGUGUUUCUUGUAUUCUACCUGGUCAUUUGUUGACUCAGACAUGAGUCGCGUACCCAAGGCCACCCGAAGCUAUAGGGGUUUCCCGACUCAUGAACAAUAUGACAAUGGAUGCGACCUGGCGAUAAGAGUGGAGCCAUGUCCCCAUCCGCAGUAAAUCAUGCCCAUAGAAACCAGAAGGGAACGGAAUAUGAUGCGAAUCAGCAGAGGAAUUACCCCAGGAUGUUUGCAAUGGAUUUUGAGCAAGCGAUAUAGGGAAGGGGUGGCUAUUAUAGAGAUACCGCUUAGAUAUUAAAUCGGAGCCGAAAUGUUACCACAAUGCUGCCG